AUGCUCGGAAUCGACUACCCAGAUAGUGACGAGGAGGACGUCGUGCCCGCGACUCAGCCAGAGUUGACCAACAUUUCUGCAGCAGUUGCGCCGGCUCCAGAACCUCUUUCCGCUCCCGCGCCUCUCGAACAACCGCCUACCUCCUCAGGUCCAGUGAAUGGUCCUGCUCAAGGUCCCGCCCAAGGCCCGACCGUUUCGCCACCUCCAGAGGAAGAUGUCCCCUCGAACGACGCCGCGCCAGGCUCAACGUACGCCAACACACGCGCUCUGAUUCAGAACCUUACUUUACCCACCGUACCCAAUUUCGACAUACCACCUUCUCCGCCCGGAUCACCACCUCAGAGAGCGACGAAGAAGUUUGCGCAGUUCCUCGAACUUAAAAAGAAGGGACAACACUUCAACCAGCGCCUAGAAACCUCGUCAGUGCUACGCGAUCCGGGGCAUAUGCAGAAGUUGAUGGACUUUGCGGGGAUUAGCGAACAAGACUCAUAUACAUCCACACUACCAGAAGAUGUCGCCAUACCGGCAGUCUUUCCAGAGUGGGCCUACGUCGAGGAACUGAAAGCCUCACAGAAGCGGAUUUCGAAGACCAGAGAGCAGGAAAGAUCCAAGGCACCAAGAGAAGCUCUCGAGUUCGUCUCCGCGUCUAAGAACGCGUCGAGCUCUACCACGGGAAAACGCAAGGAGUUGGAACACAGAGGAAAGGAUGAUCAGAGUUCAAGGAGCAAGUUGGAGAGCGGCUCCCAUAUCACGUUUGAGGUCUAG